AUGAUUCCUUCUGAAAAUGCCGACGACGAAGAUAACACUAGGAAACCAUCCAGACCGUUUUUGAAAAAAGGCGAAGGAACGGCUCGAUUUCGAAUGACAAACAGUGGGAAACGAUCUGGAGCAAUUGGUAAUCCUCAAAGCACAAGUCCUGCAAUCAGUUUACCAAGAUUCACCCCAAUGAGUCUUCCACCUUACUCUGCUCGAACUGUGGACAGUGGAAUAUCGUAUGAAGAUGAAACUCGUCCACCAACAACCGCUUCUCUUCCAAUGGAUCAACCAUCAACUUCUACACACUCUCCUCCACACAAUUCUGAAUAUUUCACGAAUGGAACACCUGCAGUUGUCGAAGAACAUGAGGACAAUGCCCACCGUGUGGAAGACCAUGAAGAAUAUGUUGAACGGGUCUCUGCAAUGCCUUCGUUUGUUCCAGAUGAUGGAACAUCAUCCAGCGUGGAGCCAUGUAGUCAAAUAUCCGAGGAUGCAGUGAAUCUUCGAUUAGAGACAGAACGUAGAGAAGCUCAAGCUAAAAUGGCGAAUUCGAUGAAGUCUGUUUCAAUUACGCCAUCUUCAUACUCAUCAGAUAUCUCGAGACCGCAAUUUCAUUCAACUCCGAAAGGAUCGGUUCGAAGUGACAUUACUGAUGACCCUAUAUUUCUGCCUCCAUCUCUCAUGCCUUCUAAAAACCAUUCAUUCGGUACUUUAUCCUCUGCUUCUUUGGAAACUCCUCAAGCUCGACCACUCACGAGCAAUCGUUUGAAUCUUCAAGCUCAAAGUGAGGCACAAACUGGGCUGAGCCUUCUGAAAAAUGGAUCAAAUUUUCAAGCUGCACCUUCACGCAAUCUUCCAAGAAUUCCUUCUACAAAUCAGGAGCAAAAAGAAAAUAUUGCUGUUGAUCAUGUCUCGAUUCAAUCGGAACAUGUUUACGAUCAACCGUUACAAGUUCCAGGCUUGCAACGUCAACAACGAUUGAUUGCUCAAAAACAAAAACAUAACAUGUUGAUUCAGUUGAGGGAUACAAUUGCUAACUUAGAUUUUGCUACAGAAGGAGUCUGGAGUACGAAGAAAAAGCUCGAAGAAGAUUAUAAAAGACUAAUAAUGGAGUUGGAAAAUAAACGGAAGGAGCUAGAGGAAGAGUUUCAAAGAAAGGUCGAAACUAUUCAAGAAGACAACAACUCCGAGAAUGAACGAUUGAAACGAGAGCGGAGAGAUAUUGAAAGAGAUAGAAAAAUACUGCAAAAAGGAACUGGAGAAAGGCAGAAAGAGCUAACGGAAAUGAUCGCCACACUCCGUGAAAAAUUGGCUGCUUCAGAAACCCAGAACUCUAAACUUCGUCAAGAUAUUCGUGCUCGUGAUGAUAAAUUGAAGAAGAAAGAUGAAGAAAUCGAAAAGUUGACGAAAGACUAUACUCGUAGCAAGAAUACAUGUCAAACAUUGGAAAAGCGUAUCAAACAACUCCGAACAGAACGAGACAGAGAUGAUAAAGAGAAAGAGUUAUUCGCCAAAGUCGCAUUGAAUCGGAAGACGUCAUAUCCAACUGUUCUCAAUCAGAGUCUCGCCAUUGAAGCACCUACAUCUUCAAGACUCCCAUCGGUGUCUUCUUUAGCAAUCAACAGGAAAUCCACUUCAGUAAAUAAAGGAAGAACAGUUAGUUUUGCUGAUGAGCCGCAUGAGCAAUCAUUGGAAGUUAUUAAUGAAGAUAUACCGCCAGAACUUGUCAUGAAACCGUAUAGAACAACAUCAACAAGUACUAUCUAUUGUGAUUCGUUGGGAGAAACUUCAAAAGUAACACAGACGGUUGCUAAUGGUAUUCUCUUUCAAUAUCCAAACGGAGAUAUGAGAUGGAUGAAUAGGCAAAAUUCAGUGAAUAUUUAUCGGUUUUCAAUGGAUAAAACAGUCGCGAUCAACUUGGUUCAGUUCAAUAUUUCAAUAAUUUAUUCAUUGCAGAGACAGCUGGAAGUCUUGAGACCUGGAGGUAAUGCAACUUUGAUCAGUGUGAAACGAAGAGAAGUUCGGACCGAAUUACAUUGUCGAGAAGAUGGAACUUAUUACACAGAAAUAUUUGACAGAAACGGAAGGUUUGUUACGAAGGAUUAUUGCCAUCCAGAAGUAGCGAGAGAAUGUGUUCUUGGAUCACCAUACAGUUUUCGUGACAACGGUACUCGAUACGUGGAAUAUACCACACCCGAAGACUUUGAGCUUGUCGAGCCAGAAUUUCGCCUCCGCUGGUAUCAGGGGAAAGUGAUGGCUUGUAAAAUAAUAGGACGUCCUCAUUGCAAUGAGAAAACAUUGCGAGUCCAAGUCGAUUUGACUACAGGAAACGGAAUAAUGGAGAUGGUUGAAAGUCAAUUGAAAGAUGGACAAAGUCAGAAGAAAACUGUGUUCCAAUGGCCAUCGGAUCUCUAA